AGGUGGUGGUGGCAGCCCUUUAGAGCUGGUGCAGCACAUGUGCAUCACUGCUACCCAGGGGAAGAACCCCUUAGUCUCAUCAGCAGUGUGGUCACACUGUUAUAUGUCCUGAGAUUCUGCUAUCACCCAUGGCACUGGCCCAGGGUGCCCAGAGAGCUAUGAAUGCCCCAUCCCUGGAGGUGCACAAGGCCAGGCUGUACAGGGCCUUGGGCAGCCUGAUCUGGUGGGUCUUGAGGUCCAUUCAAACCUAAGUGAUUCCAUCAUCACUGACAUCAUCCCCUCCUGCUGUUGCCCUCACUGCAUGGAUGCCCACCAGGUGCACCAGCAACAGACCCAAGCAAGCCCUGUAUGGGGUGGAAGGAUGUAUAUGGGUGGGACACCACUGAGCCCAUGCAGGAUGCAAAGCCCCUGUCUCUUACAUGUUGUCCCCCAACCCACAUACAUCUGUGGUUACAGGCUCAGUCUCAGAGGUGACACUGCUGAGCAAUGAGCAUGUGGUCUGGAGGCUCUCAGGCUCCUUGAGAAUGGGGAACUGUCCCCGUUUUGGAACCAAACCCAGCACCUGCUUGGGUUCAAAGCCAGCUCAGCACCCAGCUGCAUGGCCCUGCUGCACUCAGUUCCCAGCUCCAGGAGCAGAGGAAGGACUCCAUGGCUGCAGAAUGGGACACGCUGUGACUCAAUGCCCCACGCUUCUGCAUUUCCCAAGAUAAAAAAACAAACCCUGAAGUUCUCCCCUGAAAACAGGACAUCAGCAUCCACCCCAGGGCACCUCAUCCCUACCCACAACCUCAUCACCUCCAGGCACAGCCCCAACCCAUACGCUUUGGGCAGGGACCCCCUGGAACCUAUUGCUGAUGCGGCUCAGUAUGAAAAUCCCCCCCACAUCUAUGCCCUGACGGACAACAUGUACCGAAACAUGCUGAUCGAUGGGGAGAACCAAUGCGUCAUCAUCAGCGGAGAAAGCGGUGCUGGGAAAACAGUGGCAGCCAAAUACAUCAUGGGCUACAUCUCCAAAGUGUCCGGGGGUGGUGACAAGGUGCAGCACGUGAAGGACAUCAUCCUGCAGUCCAACCCACUGCUGGAAGCCUUCGGCAAUGCCAAAACCGUUCGCAACAACAACUCGAGCCGCUUUGGGAAGUACUUUGAGAUCCAGUUCAGCCGGGGCGGAGAGCCCGACGGGGGAAAGAUCUCCAACUUCCUACUGGAGAAGUCUCGGGUGGUGAACCAGAAUGAGCAUGAGAGGAACUUCCAUGUCUACUACCAGCUCAUUGAAGGGGCAUCUCAAGAGCAACGCCAGAACUUGGGCAUCAUGAGCCCCGAUUAUUACUACUACUUGAACCAGUCGGACACGUACCAGGUAGAGGGCACAGAUGAUCGCAGUGAUUUCCUUGAGACCAUGAACGCCAUGCAGGUCAUUGGCAUCCGGGGUGAGGACCAGCAGCUGGUGCUGCAGAUCGUUGCUGGGAUCCUACACCUGGGGAAUAUCAGCUUUCGGGAGGAGGGCAACUAUGCCCGGGUGGAGAAUGCUGACUCUCUGGCUUUCCCUGCCUACCUGCUGGGCAUCGACCGUGACCGCCUCAAUGACAAGAUCACCAGCCGCAAGAUGGACAGCAAGUGGGGCGGCCGCUCCGAGUCCAUCACCGUCACCCUCAACGUGGAGCAGGCAGCCUACACAAGGGAUGCCCUGGCCAAGGGGCUCUAUGCACGUGUCUUUGACUUCCUUGUGGAGUCCAUCAAUAGGGCCAUGCAGAAACCCUAUGAGGAGUAUAGCAUUGGAGUGCUGGAUAUCUAUGGCUUUGAAAUAUUCCAGAAAAAUGGUUUUGAGCAGUUCUGCAUUAACUUUGUGAACGAGAAGCUGCAGCAGAUCUUCAUAGAGCUCACCCUGAAGGCAGAGCAGGAGGAGUAUGUGCAGGAGGGCAUCAAGUGGACCCAGAUCCAGUACUUCAACAACAAGGUGGUGUGUGACCUGAUAGAAAACAAACUGAACCCCCCUGGGAUCAUGAGUGUCUUGGAUGAUGUUUGUGCCACUAUGCAUGCCACCGGUGAGGGUGCAGACCAGACCCUGCUGCAGAAGCUGCAGGCAGCUGUGGGGACCCACGAGCACUUCAACAGCUGGAGCUCAGGCUUCGUCAUCCACCACUAUGCAGGCAAGGUCUCCUAUGAUGUGAAUGGUUUCUGUGAGCGCAACCGGGAUGUGCUCUUCACUGAUCUGAUCGAGCUGAUGCAGAGCAGCGAAUAUGCUUUCAUUCGGAUGCUGUUCCCAGAAAAGCUCGAUGCUGACAAAAAGGGCCGCCCAACCACUGCAGGAUCCAAAAUCAAGAAACAGGCUAACGACCUGGUGAACACAUUAAUGAAGUGCACACCACACUACAUCCGCUGCAUCAAGCCCAAUGAGACCAAGAAACCACGGGACUGGGAGGAAAGCAGGGUGAAGCACCAAGUGGAAUACCUGGGGCUGAAGGAGAACAUCCGUGUGCGCCGGGCGGGUUUUGCCUAUCGCCGAAUCUUCCAUAAAUUCCUGCAACGCUACGCCAUCCUCACCCCUGAGACGUGGCCAUCGUGGCGUGGGGAUGAGCGGCAAGGUGUGCAGCACUUGUUGCGCUCUGUCAACAUGGAUCCGGACCAGUAUCAGAUGGGUCGGAGCAAAGUGUUCGUCAAGAACCCUGAGUCGCUCUUCCUCCUGGAGGAGAUGAGGGAGAGGAAAUUUGAUGGCUUUGCCCGGGUGAUCCAGAAGGCCUGGCGUCGACACGUCGCCAUCCGGAAGUAUGAGCAGAUGCGGGAGGAGGCCUCCAACAUCCUGUACAACUUCAAAGAGCGACGGAGGAACAGCAUCAACAGGAAUUUCGUGGGUGAUUACCUGGGCAUGGAGGAGCGGCCGGAGCUGAGGCAGUUCCUGGCCAAGAGGGAACGAAUCGACUUUGCUGACUCCAUCACGAAGUAUGACCGCAGGUUCAAGCCCAUCAAGCGGGAUUUCAUCCUCACCCCCAAGUACUUCUACCUGAUCGGGAGGGAGAAGGUGAAGAAAGGCCCCGAGAAGGGGCAGAUCAAGGAGGUGCUCAAGAAGAAGGUGGAGAUCCAGGCGGUGAGCGGCGUCUCGCUGAGCACCCGGCAGGAUGAUUUCUUCAUCCUUCACGAGAAAGAUGCCGACAGUUUCUUGGAGUCCAUCUUCAAGACAGAGCUGGUCAGCCUGCUGUGCAAGCGCUACGAGGAGCUGACCCGCAGCAAGCUGCACCUCAACUUCCAGGACACACUACAGUUUAGGGUGAAGAAGGAGGGUUGGGGUGGUGGUGGCACACGUACUGUCACCUUCACCAGAGGACAGGGUGACGUGGCUGCCCUCAAAGCUGGAGGCAAAACGCUGACGGUCAGCAUCGCAGAUGGGCUGCCUCGGAACUCCAAGCCCACCAGGAAGGGGGUGAUGCAGAGCAAAGGUGGCAGCAGGCGGCCACCACCGCCCCGCAGUGCCCCCCCAGCACCCCAAGGUACCUACAGGAACGGCGCUCCCCAGUUCCCACGUGGGGAUGCUCAGCCCAAGAGGGACACCUACACGACACCCCAGAAGCAAGCACGGGCCCCCCCGGCCACAGCACUGCCCCCCCAGAAUGCCAACAGGAGGUCGAAGGCACGGCCCCCAUCCGAGCAGAACAUGGAGUUCCUCAAUGUUCCUGACCAGGGGGUGGCUGGCAUGCAGAGGAGACGCAGCGUGGGCCAGCGGCCCCCCCCAGCCAGUCGCCCCAAGCCACAGCCCAAAGCAGCCAUGCCACGCUGCAGGGCGCUCUAUCAGUACAUCGGGCAGGACGUGGACGAGCUCAGCUUCAACGUUGGAGACGUCAUUGACAUCCUCCUGGAAGAUAUCUCAGGCUGGUGGAAGGGUCGGCUUCACGGCAGGGAAGGGCUUUUCCCUGGGAACUAUGUGCAGAAGAUCUGAGCUGGGCACUGAGGAUGCACCCGUGGUUCUGCCUUUAGGAUGGCUCUCCUGCUCCAGAUCCCAUCCCAUCCCUGGGCUGUGCCAGCAGCAGCACAGUGCAGCAGAGCAGGGACUCUUUGCUGCUUGUUCAUAAGAGGUUGUGGAACUGUGGAAGUGACUUUGGGGCACAAUAGGAUCAUUUUUGGUAACUAUAAGGGUAAAGGUACCAGCAGUGGCUUUGGGACUACGGCAUCGAUGCCGCUUUGCAAACAAAGCACAUCAGAGUCGGACUCUAAAUCUGA